CUUCAUUUUACCUUCUAAGAAAUAUCCUCUCAUCCUUCAUUAUAUCAUCUUCUAAAUACAUACUCAUCUUCUUCUUCUCCUUCAUUUCAUCACCCUCCUUCAUCAAUUUAUUUAUUUUUUCACAAUCUUCACCAUUUUUGUUCAUACAACAAAACAACAUUUUUUUUUAUCUCAACUUCUCUAUAAUUCAAUGACCUCCUCUUUCUUCUCUGACCUCCUUAAUUCUCCAACCGACCAAAACCUUAAAGACACCGAAAGAUCUCAAAAUCACGUGUUGUCGGAUCAAAACAGGUUGGGUUUACCCCCCAAAUUCAAGUCUACACCUCCUCCAUCUCUUCCUCUUUCUCCUACACCUCUCUUUUCUCCUUCUUCUUAUUUUUCUAUACCUCCUGGUUUCUCUCUUUCUGAACUUCUUGAUUCUCCUGUUCUCCUUAACUCUUCUCAUAUUCUUCCAUCUCCAACUACUGGAUCAUUUGCUAAUAAUCAAGGCUUCAAUUGGAAGAAUAAUUAUGAGGAAAAGCAAGAGAAUGUCAAGGCAGAAGAGGAAACCAUCUCAUCAAGUUUCUCCUUCCAAGCUCAACCAGCUGGGUUUCAAUCUUCAAACGCCAUAGUUCAAAAUGGAUGGAGUAUGGUGAAAGCAGAAAACUCUUCUUCAAUGCAAAGUUUCACACCAGAGAGUAAUUCUACUAGUGAACAAAAUAACUACAACAAGAGUGGUUCACAAUCAAAUUACAACAAUUAUCAAUCACAACCACAAGUUCAGAUCCUUAGUAGAAGAUCAGAUGAUGGAUACAAUUGGAGAAAAUAUGGACAAAAACAAGUGAAAGGAAGUGAAAAUCCAAGAAGUUAUUAUAAAUGCACUUACCCUAAUUGUCCAACAAAGAAAAAAGUUGAGAGGGGUUUAGAUGGACAAAUUACUGAGAUAGUUUACAAAGGUAGUCAUAAUCAUCCUAAGCCUGUGGCUAACAAGAGGAACACAAACUCGAUGUCUUCAUCGUCGUUGUCACAUGCAAAUCCUCCUCCUUCAAAUCAUUUUGGAAAUGAAAUUCAAAUGGAUUUGGUUGCUACACCGGAGAAUUCAUCGAUAUCGAUUGGAGAUGAUGAAUUCGAGCAGACUUCUCAUAAAUCUGGUGGAGAUCAUGAUCAGUAUUGUGAAGAUGAACCUGAUGCAAAAAAAUGGAGAAUAGAAGGUGAAAAUGAGGGGAUAUCAUUAGGAGUUGGAAAUAGAACAGUGAGGGAACCUAGAGUUGUUGUUCAAACAACAAGUGACAUUGAUAUUCUAGAUGAUGGAUACAGAUGGAGGAAAUAUGGGCAGAAAGUAGUAAAGGGAAAUCCAAAUCCAAGGAGUUACUACAAGUGCACAAACCCAGGAUGUCCAGUGAGAAAACAUGUCGAAAGAGCCUCACAAGACCUAAGAGCAGUGAUAACAACGUAUGAAGGAAAACACACUCAUGAUGUUCCUGCACCACGUGGAAGUGGAAACCACUCUAUCAACAAACCACUACCAAUUCAAACAACUAUGAACAACACCAACAAUUCCAUCAACAACACUUCAGUUAAUAAUGGAUUCUUCAACCAUGAGAUGAUGCAGAACAAUGGAUUCACGGUGGAUUCUUACAUGAAUAUGAAUCAACAACGUGUUAAUAAUAUUAUUAGAGGUAGAGCCAAAGAGGAGCCUGUAGAAGAUGACUCGUUUUUUGAAUCUUUCCUAUCUUGAAGGAAUGUUCCUUAAUUUAUUUAUUUUUUGCAUAGUUUUUUAUGAUUGGAACUUUUUAGCGGGUUGGUUUAGGGUUUUAUAUAUACAUAUACUUAUGACUAAUAAGAUCGACUUCAUUUCAUUUAUUAUAUUUUUUUAUUGUAUAUUUUCACACAUACAUGAUUUGUAUACUAUGUAUAUUCAACAUUUGUUGUAAGUUUAUUAAUAUGAUAUAUAUGUUUGUA